AAAGACAACAACAACAACAACAACAACAACAACAACAACAUCAUCAACAGCAAGAUGGGGUCCGAGCUGAUGAUGAUGAUGAUGAUGAUGAUGAUGAUGAUUCCUUCGUUACCUGUACGCGGAACUGAGGCAGAACCAGCCUGGGGAAGAGAAGCUGGGGAAGGGAUCACAGCGCUACGGCAGAAGACACAGAGGGGGUGGUCGCCGUCUCUGCAGCAGGAGGAGACGGCAGAAACCGACCACUGGGGCUCUGAAGACGUCCCACCCUUGAGACCAGACCAGUGGCAACCCGUGGAAGCCUUAGGACCCCCGGCAGAGGAAGGGCGGCCGCGGAUACCCUUAGAGGAGGAGCUAUCAGAGCGGACCCGUGGGCAGCUUGAGGUUCUUGCUCGCUCGGCCCAUCUUGCUCAGCCUCGGUUUGGCCUCGACACCCCCCUCGACCCCUUAGCCUCGUCCUCGACCCUGAAGUAUGUCCAUGAAGGGGAACUCCUGAAGCUGCGUCUGCUCCUCGACAACCUCACCCUCGAAGGACUCAGCUCGCUCUCGGUGCAGGAGGUAACUUUCCAACGAGGACCAGACGGCGGAGAAGACGCAGAAGAUGAAGAUGACCUCGGACACGCACACACCCACGAAGACAUCGACGGAGACCCACAAACACACGCCAUACAACACGGGCGGAGGAACGGGCGUCGGGUGGCCAGUAGCAGGGGCUUGGUGCGUGCUGCCUUCUCUCAGGUGGUGGUGAGGGCGAGGUACCAGGUGAGGGGGAGUGCCGGGGGCUUCCUUACCUUCAGGGAGAGUGGGAACUUGACCCUCACCGCCCCGACCGUCUUUCUAACAUCCCGACUUGGUCUCAUCCUCCCGCCCCCGACGCCGCCGCUGUCCUCACCGCAACGGAAGGUCAAGACGCCUCAUAGGCGUCACGGGGGCCGGGUCAAGAUCGUGCGGGUUCGAAGUGAGAUCUCCACCGUCCCCACCACGCUCACCCUCCAGCCAGCCGCCCACCCGCCGCAGUGGGUGAGGCAGCAGGUGCAGACCAAGCUUGAGGAGCUGUCCGGGGACCUGAGCCACGGGCACGGCGCGGUGAGGCUGCUGCUGCACCGCUGGGGGAAGCUGCUCAAGCGACUCAUCCACCGCACGGCGCGCGCCAUCGCCUAGACGCUGCCCUUCCCGCCCCUCCCUCCCCACUCACCCGCACACCUGGACCUCCUGCUGUUGAUAAUUAACGAUCAAAAAAUCCUCGAGACAGGCAAUACAGAUCAAAAAGUUUAGUCAAGUCGGUCUGUUAACGAGGACUGGCGUGGCUUUAAACCGAACCGAUGCGCUCUAGACUCUAAGGGCUCGUUCACACUACAAGCAGAGCAGGGCAGAGCAGAGCGGAGCGGCUCGGUUAGGUGUUCACAUAUAAGCAGAGCAGGGCGACCUGCACAAGAAUCAUUCGCAGGCAACAGCUCGAUAAACUCCUCGGUGUUUAUCUUGAAGGAUGAUGAAAAUGUAACGAUUUACAAAGGAACAUGGAAUUUCGUUGUUAAAGCCAAGUCCCAUGGCUGUGUGGGUCACUGAUGAUUAUGUAUAGGAUCAGAAUAUCAUCAAAAUAGCUUUUCUAAACAUACGGCUAUUAUAUAUCAUUAAAUUGUACCUUAAUUAUGCACAAUCUGGUCAGUUUUUGUAAUUUUGGCUUCAGCAAUAAAAAUUCACCAAUGUAGAUAGCUUCUUGGCCAUGUUGAUUGAAGGGUGGAGCCGUGGAGGACCGCUAGCUGCGAGCAGCAAAAAAUACGACCAAAUUUCCCGAGCGUGCCACUCCGCUCCGCGCUGCGCCACUCCGCUUGAGGUGUGAACACCUGAGCGUCUGUACAUUCAAAACUAUCCAAAAAUUAAUGCCGCUAAUAACCGCUCUGCUCUGCCCUGCUCUGCUUGUAGUGUGAACGAACCCUAAGGCACACGAGCCGAACAUUUGAGUAUCUCUAAGCGGGGCACCAAGGCUUCCACACCCGUGAAGUCCUUGCGGGCCACCUGACGCUCUUGGUGUGGUAGUUGAGGGAGACAAACAAACCUCCUUAGUCGUCACUGAUAGUCGGAUAAAUAUUCAAUUCAACAGAUAAAUAUUCAAUUCAACAGAUAAAUAUUCAGUUCAACAGAUAAAUAUUCAAUUCAACAGAUAAAUAUUCAAUUCAACAGAUAAAUAUUCAGUUCAACAGAUAAAUAUUCAAUUCAACAGAUAAAUAUUCAAUUCAACAGGGAUAAAUAUUCAAUUCAACAGAUAAAUAUUCAAUUCAACAGAUAAAUAUUCAAUUCAACAGAUAAAUAUUCAGUUCAACAGAUAAAUAUUCAAUUCAACAGAUAAAUAUUCAAUUCAACAGAUAAAUAUUCAAUUCAACAGAUAAAUAUUCAGUUCAACAGAUAAAUAUUCAAUUCAACAGAUAAAUAUUCAAUUCAACAGAUAAAUAUUCAAUUCAACAGAUAAAUAUUCAAUUCAACAGGGAUAAAUAUUAAUUUCAACAGAGAUAAAUAUUCAAUUCAACAGAUAAAUAUUCAAUUCAACAGAUAAAUAUUCAAUUCAACAGAUAAAUAUUCAAUUCAACAGGGAUAAAUAUUAAUUUCAACAGAGAUAAAUAUUCAAUUCAACAGAUAAAUAUUCAAUUCAACAGAUAAAUAUUCAAUUCAACAGAUAAAUAUUCAAUUCAACAGAUAAAUAUUCAAUUCAACAGGGAUAAAUAUUAAUUUCAACAGAGAUAAAUAUUCAAUUCAACAGAUAAAUAUUCAAUUCAACAGAUAAAUAUUCAAUUCAACAGAUAAAUAUUCAUUUCAACAGAUAAAUAUUCAAUUCAACAGAUAAAUAUUCAAUUCAACAGGGAUAAAUAUUAAUUUCAACAGAAAUAAAUAUUCAAUUCAACAGAUAAAUAUUCAAUUCAACAGAUAAAUAUUCAAUUCAACAGAUAAAUAUUCAAUUCAACAGAUAAAUAUUCAUUUCAACAGAUAAAUAUUCAAUUCAACAGAUAAAUAUUCAAUUCAACAGGGAUAAAUAUUAAUUUCAACAGAAAUAAAUAUUCAAUUCAACAGAUAAAUAUUCAAUUCAACAGAUAAAUAUUAAAUUCAACAGAUAAAUAUUCAAUUCAACAGGGAUAAAUAUUAAUUUCAACAGAGAUAAAUAUUCAUUUCAACACAGAUAAAUAUUCAUUUCAACAGAGAUAAAUAUUCAUUUCAACAGAGAUAAAUAUUCAUUUCAACAGAGAUAAAUAUUCAAUUCAACAGAGAUAAAUAUUCAAUUCAACAGAUAAAUAUUCAAUUCAGCAGAUAAAUAUUCAUUUCAACAGAGAUAAAUAUUCAAUUCAACAGAGAUAAAUAUUCAAUUCAACAGAUAAAUAUUCAUUUCAACAGAGAUAAAUAUUCAAUUCAACAGAGAUAAAUAUUCAAUUCAACAGAUAAAUAUUAAUUUCAACAGAGAUAAAUAUUCAAUUCAACAGAGAUAAAUAUUCAAUUCAACAGAUAAAUAUUCAAUUCAACAGAUAAAUAUUCAAUUCAACAGAUAAAUAUUCAAUUCAACAGAUAAAUAUUCAUUUCAACAGAGAUAAAUAUUCAGUUCAACAGAGAUAAAUAUUCAUUUCAACAGAGAUGAAUAUUCAAUUCAACAGAGAUAAAUAUUCAAUUCAACAGAGAUAAAUAUUCAUUUCAACAGAUAAAUAUUCAUUUCAACAGAGAUGAAUAUUCAAUUCAACAGAGAUAAAUAUUCAAUUCAACAGAGAUAAAUAUUCAUUUCAACAGGGAUAAAUAUUCAUUUCAACAGAUAAAUAUUCAUUUCAACAGGGAUAAAUAUUCAUUUCAACAGAGAUAAAUAUUCAAUUCAACAGAGAUAAAUAUUCAAUUCAACAGAGAUAAAUAUUCAUUUCAACAGAUAAAUAUUCAUUUCAACAGAUAAAUGUUCAAUUCAACAGAGAUAAAUAUUCAUUUCAACAGAUAAAUAUUCAAUUCAACAGAGAUAAAUAUUCAUUUCAACAGAGAUAAAUAUUCAUUUCAACAGAGAUAUAUAUUCAUUUCAACAGAGAUAAAUAUUCAUUUCAACAGAGAUAAAUAUUCAUUUCAACAGAGAUAAAUAUCCAUUUCAACAGAUAAAUAUUCAAUUCAACAGAGAUAAAUAUUCAUUUCAACAGAGAUAAAUAUUCAUUUCAACAGAGAUAAAUAUUCAUUUCAACAGAUAAAUAUUCAUUUCAACAGAGAUAAAUAUUCAUUUCAACAGAGAUAAAUAUUCAUUUCAACAGAGAUAAAUAUUCAUUUCAACAGAGAUAAAUAUUCAUUUCAACAGAGAUAAAUAUUCAAUUCAACAGAGAUAAAUAUUCAAUUCAACAGAGAUAAAUAUUCAAUUCAACAGAUAAAUAUUCAAUUCAACAGAUAAAUAUUCAAUUCAACAGAUAAAUAUUCAUUUCAACAGAUAAAUAUUCAAUUCAACAGAUAAAUAUUCAAUUCAACAGAUAAAUAUUCAAUUCAACAGAUAAAUAUUCAAUUCAACAGAUAAAUAUUCAAUUCAACAGAUAAAUAUUCAAUUCAACAGAUAAAUAUUCAAUUCAACAGAUAAAUAUUCAAUUCAACAGAUAAAUAUUCAAUUCAACAGAUAAAUAUUCAGUUCAACAGAGAUAAAUAUUCAAUUCAACAGAGAUAAAUAUUCAAUUCAACAGAUAAAUAUUCAAUUCAACAGAUAAAUAUUCAAUUCAACAGAUAAAUAUUCAAUUCAACAGAGAUAAAUAUUCAAUUCAACAGAGAUAAAUAUUCAAUUCAACAGAUAAAUAUUCAAUCCAACAGAUAAAUAUUCAAUUCAACAGAGAUAAAUAUUCAAUUCAACAGAGAUAAAUAUUCAAUUCAACAGAGAUAAAUAUUCAAUUCAACAGAGAUAAUCCUUGUCACCCAAUAAAAAAAAUCUUUAAAAAUCUUAUUCGCAAAACUAGGCCAAGGCAAUGGUAGGAUCCUGAUGUAGAUAUGUAGAUAGUCAUUAGUUCUAAGGUCAACAUAUUACCUGUGCUGUACAUAGGAGCCACUUACCUGGGCAUGCCUGGGAAAGGUCAAAAUAAGCUGUAGCAUAAUUACUGUACUCUUCAUUACCUUUAUUAGUGUAGCUUGUUGUUAGUGUAGAAGAUAUGUGAACUAACCUCUGUGUGUGUGUGUGUGUGUGUGUGUGUGUGUGUGUGUGUGAGAGUGAGAGAGAGAGAGAAAGAAAAUGUAAUACAGUGUUGUAAUAGAUAAUUUAUAAGGAACAUCACCUUUGUAGAAUUCCACCACUAGAGUCAGUCCUUGUAAUCUCUGUAGUCAUGUAAGGUUGAUAAGUGCAUUGUAAUCAACAGUAACUAACACUUUGUAUAUAAAUAACUAUCGACAAAAAUAUA